AUGUGCAAGUCGGUAGACAUAAAAGUAACAGAGAUGUCAGGAUGCAUUUUACUUCUUCAAGCUUGGGCUUUUACACGCAUGCCUAUAAUAUCUCCGGUGGCUCCGCUUCAAUCUCCAUAUCCUUACGCAAGAAGGUGGUGCAUCAAGAAACUUGACUACCAAAACAACCCGCGCCACCAUCUACAAGGAUACCGAUUCAGGAUUGAUCACAUGCUUCAAGAUCAGUUUAUUUGGAGGUCGUAUCUUGGAUUAGCGCCCCAAAGGCACGAGGACAGUUUGAUAUGGAGUUCAACUACGUAUAUAAUAUGCUUUCAUAUUGUAGAAAUGCAUCAAACUGAUAGGGUCAAACUACAAUUUGGCCAUUUACAAGGGAUACCUGAAGAAGCUCGAUGCUUGGCUGAACACCAUAAGAUGACAACAAUAAAAGCGCGCCAAAAAGCAUAUACCACAUUAUACUCUGAUGAACAAAACUGUUGGUUGCAUCGAGAAUUGUUUACGUUGGAUGGAGAUCAAUUACAAACAGAGGAGAAACCGUCAAAUGAGUACAUGCAAUGGUAUCACUCGCUUCCACAUAGAUAUGCAUCGUACGGACAAUUUCUCACUGACCCUCGUCAAAAUCAACAUGCCCCUACUCAGGCAAGUGGCUCUCAAUAA